CCGGCGACCCCGCCGGGCGAGUUGCUGGCAGGUGGCGCCGAGGUCUCCGUGCCUGAGCCCAGCGCGCGGGGCGGCGUGACCCCUGCGGCGCCGGGACUCGGGGCGCGCGGCCCGUUCUGCCCUCGGAGCGGACGGAGAGGAGCCGGGAUGGCGGCGCCCACCAUGAAGGAGCGGCAGGCGUGCUGGGGCGCCCGGGACGAGUACUGGCGGUGCCUGGACGAGCACGAGGGGGACGCCGGCCCCUGCCGGACGCUGCGACGCUCCUUCGAGGCCAGCUGCCCGCAGCAGUGGAUAAAAUAUUUUGAUAAAAGAAGAGACUACUUAAAAUUUAAAGAAAAAUUUGAAGCCGGACAGUUCCAGCCUUCAACCACCGCCAAGUCGUAGGCUGUUCCCGGCCUCUCCGAAAGGUAGACUCUUUUUCUGGACGUUUGCACACGCUCCACGGACUGCGGUGGCUCCAGGCACAGUAAACACCAGCCCCUCUGCCGUGUUAAUGAAAACCAUCAGGUAGCAGAGAACUGCCACAGUGGUAUGAAACUGCUCAGCUUUAAUUCAGUAAGAGCUCUAGUUUAAGAAUUAAAGCCUGUUCUGAAAACA